AUGAACACCACCAAGGCCACGGAUCAAGCAAGCGCGAUGACAGCAACGGCGCCCUUUUUGCGCCUGCCGACCGAGCUUCUUCACGACAUUGUCCAAUAUAUCGAGGAACCUGAAGAUGUUGCAGCUUUCGUGAGUAGCUGUAAGCAUUGUAUGCUAGCUUUGGGUAAAGAUUUUGUUCACGUACGAUCUGCAAAGUUAUGGAUCGUGAUUCAGCCCUUGGAGGACCUGUGGAGAUACAGGAGUUGGGAUGCGAAGCCUCUAACAACACUAGAGAUGGCAAUAGAGAGAACUUUUGACAAAGAUAUUCUCGAGUGGAUACUGGAUCUGCAUGUGACGAAUUAUCCUCAGUGCCUCGAGGAAGAGACAAUCAUCUCCAGCGUCGAACCCUCCUUACUUGUCAAGGCAAUCCAUCACCACAACAAAGCAGCAGUCCAAUUGCUUUUGGACCGGGGCGUUAAAAUCCUAAAAUCUACUGCAACAGUAGAGGAAGUCAACAAACACUGGGAAGGGUUAAUAUGCCCCCUUCUGUCCGCUCUGGAUGAGUUCCCCAUAAGCAAAGAUAUCGUGCACGUUCUCCUAGAAGCAGGUCAUUACGUGGAUCACGAACACCUGUGUAGAAGUAUUUGGAAGGACAACCCGGAAUUAGUCAGUCUUCUGCUAGAACGAGCGCCGGAGUCAUAUGCAACAGAGGCGAGAAGAUACCAGCUGCUUGAGUAUGCAGUCAUAGGAGGCGAUGAUGAAGACCCCAAGCUACUGGAGAUGCUUAUCAACAGCGGUAUGGAUAUUGGAAGCGCACCGGAGGCGGAAAGAAAUCGGCUGCUUAAGACUGCAAUCACAAAAGGCAAGGAUCGAGACACCAAGAUACUUGAGUACCUUAUCAACAGAGGUCUGGAUAUUGAAAGCAAGACCGGUAGGUAUCUUGACCCGGAAUAUCCUGGUAGGCCAAAGCUAGCUUUCGACCCGAUAAAAUACUCGAUACAAGCGGGCUAUCCACAAAGCGCAAUUUUUCUUCUACGACAACAAGUUCUCCAAGGUUUGCACACGCUUGAGAGUCUGCCAAAUCUCGCUCAACCAGUAUUCGAGGUUUAUGCCGGAUCGCAAUUACGGAGACCUGAAGUGUAUUCCCACAAUUUUGGAUAUGUUGAGUUUACCAUGGCACUCCACGCAGAAUUCACCACUUCCAUCUGCAAUGCACUCACCCUCGAGGAGGCAGACGUUGAACAAAAGUAUCGCGAAGGCUGUGACUUUAUUAUGUCUCAGGUGCUUCAACACUCCAUUCAUUCGAGCAAACUCAUGACAUAUAUGCUUGCAAACGGAUGCAGGAUUUUGCCCGAAUUUAUUUUCCAAGAAAUUGAGUUCUGGCGAAUGGCCGAGCACUGCCUGGUAACUAAUCACGAACACCCAUAUCGCAAAUUAUGCAAACGGUGCAAAAAGCGCAAGGGUAUCAGAAAUCCUUGUCCUAAAGGGGACUCUUCGUACACAGAGGCCAUGUCGCAUCUGGACUUGUUACUUUCCUGGGCUGGUUCAGAUCUGAUCAACAGCAGAAACAAAGUCAAUAUCGUCCGGAAGAGAGUCCAGGAAGAAGUCGAGAUGACACCUCUUGAUUACGCCUGGGCUGGUUCAAGCAGCAUAAGCAAGGUCAAGCUCACCAGUGGAAGGGUCAAGGAAGUGGUCGAGAUGACACUUCUGGACUACGCUCUCGUGAACUGUAUUUGGCCGGUCGUCUUCUGUCUGGUCCGGCACGGAGCUGACUUGACGUCACUCGAUCCACGAGCGGAGCAGUCAAUCCGCCAAAUGUACAACGACAAUGCCCUUUGGUGGGCCAAGGGAGGGAAUGUUCCAAUUGAAGACGCCAUGGCAGGUCGAUUUGUACCUGAACGGCAAGUAUUCGGCCAGGACAUGUCGGAGGGAAGUCAGGCGACCCAGGCUUUGGCUCUGGUUAUGCUAACGAUAGGACUUCCGAGCGAAGACCAAGUCAGCGAAGCGCCGUCAAUGGCAAAGCAAGCACUAACAUCUGAAAAAAUGGCCAAGAUCUCGAGCAGAAAUUGGCGAGCGGCCGUAAAUGGAUCGUGGAAGACGCGCAGAUUUUGGGAAUAG